UAAACCCAGCGAGCCGUCGAUCCCCUUCCCCAGGCGGCGGUCGACCGGCCGCCGGCCAUGUCCCCGCCGGCGCCGCACCUCGUAGACGAGAUCCUGGAGGAGAUAUUCCUGCGCUUGCCCACCCCACAGGCUCUCGCCCGCACCGCCUGCGCCAGCCCCUCCUUCCGCCGCAUCGUCACGCAGCGCUCCUUCCUCCGCCGCUUCCGCAAACUCCACCCGCCGCCACUCCUAGGGUUCGUCACCGCCGGCGAAGGUGGCUUCGCUCCGGACCAGGAACCCCACCCCUCCGCGCCAAUCGCCCGCGCCCUCGCCGACGCUGCUGAUUUCACCUAUUCAUUUGUCCCAGAUCUUAGCGCCGAUGGUGGCUCGUUCACCGCAUGGUCUCCCUGCGACAUCCGCGACGGCCGUGUGCUCCUCGAGUCCCCACCCCGCUUCCUCCGGACAUACGCCAGCACCUUUAGCACAACACUCCUUGCGGUGUGCGACCCCUUGUCAAGGAGGUACGUGCUGCUCCCACACAUACCUGUGGAUCUGUAUCAACAGGGCAACCGGGAGAAGAGGCUUUAUCAUUUCCAGCACAGGCUCGCUCCCACCGGCGAGGACGAUGAGGAUGAGACGUCGUUCAGGGUGAUCUGCUGGGUGCACUUCAAGGACAAGAUGGUCGUCAUUGUCUUCUCUUCCGCCUCCGGACAAUGGUCUGUAGCUGCGACUCCCAGCUGGAGUUCACUUGGCUUAGUUAAUCUAAGUUGGCGUGGGCCAAAGAACCGUUUUAAGAACUCUUGCGGCUGCUUUUACUGGACGGAUCGGUGGAAGGGCGAUAUGAUUGUGAUGGACACGCGGACCAUGGAGUUCUCCACUGCCAACAUCCUCGACAGCGACCAUAUGCAGGUUAUGAAUCUGCCUGAACAGAGCAAGUGCACGUCUGCCGUUGUUGUGCCUACAGAAGGAGCGUUUGAGAGGUUCACUGUUGUUUACAGUCCAAAUGGCUCAUUUCAUCUAUAUCAUACCACUCAGCAGAGUAACGAUGGUUCUUGUCAGCUAAAAGUUGUUGUACCGUUGCCUCGUGGAUCCCGCUAUUAUACCGUGUGUGCAACUGACGGAUUCGUGUUCCUUCAAGGCAUUCCAGAUCAAGCUCAGUCAGGAGAUCUCAUAAUAAGAAUUUCUAGGGACCUGCACCAAUUACUAGAUUUAUUUUCGCUGGAGGUCAAGACAUCUCAACUUAAGAAGGUCUGUGGACCAGCACCAGUUUCCAAAUGUCUUCACUCCUACUUUGGCUUCCCACCAUCAAUGUCAAAACCGAGUUUAUGAAGUGGCAUCUCCACCGCCGUGUUGAGUAUUGGACGCCGGUUGCUCCCAAUUAACACGCACGUCAACUUCGAUCUGUAGCCAGAGAGUCGUCCGUCCCCAGCGGGCAGCAGCCCUGCCCUACCUCGAUUCCCUGACGGCCAUUGCUGCAGAGUUCAUCUGGUCUGGUGCGUGCUUGCCGGCUGCCGCCCCUGUCCGCUCUGCACCUAGGCGCCUUGGAGCUUGGCUUCCCUGUACGGCUCCGUUUGGCUGAUCCAAAGUGCCAGAGCCAAAUUUGAACACUUAUUUCAGUACGUUGCAUCAAGGACAUUUCCUGUAGAACAUAUGUAUGAACAUGGAAAGCCAAGAUCCUUUCAGAGAUACUACAAAUGUUGUGAAGGUUGAUUCCACAUCUUCGUCAUCGUCAAAAGGGAAACAAGUACUUAUUGCUGGAGAGGCGAAAUUUUAUCCAAUUGAAGACAAGAAUGCCAUACAAAUGACUCCUUCUCAACGCAAGCAUUAUCGUGAUCGGGAAAGAUAUCUGCAAAUGACUCCAGCCCAAAGAGAAGCCUAUUUGCAAAGAAAUCGUAACUAUAAAAGAUUAAGGCGAGAUGAUACUGCAAGUCGUGAUCGUUCUGACAUCUACACCUGAUCAAUUGAAGAUUUGCCAUCCAAAAAGUGGAACUCGGUUCAAGAUCAGUCCGUCUGGCAUAUAUGUAUCACUAAUUUCAUCAGAAGAUCAAGCUGCAAACAAUAACUUUACAAAUCUAGGGAUGCUUAAGCGGCACCAUGGCACUAAUGUAUACUCAGAACAAACAUCUGAACAUGGAGAAAUAUUCUUUCAAGAGAGCUGUGACUAUAAAAAAAAAAAGAAAGUCAGAUGAGGCAAGUUGCAGUACCACAAUUA